GUCCCGCAGUGCUGCGCGCCCGCCCGCCACGGCCUGGUCACCAUGGCCGGGCUCGUGGUCAGUGGAACUCAAGUGUCCUACGUAGGCCAGGACUGCAAAGAAAUUCCAGAACACCUUGGCCGGGACUGCGGACAUUUCGCCAAGAGACUGGACCUGAGCUUUAACCUCCUGCGGUCACUGCGAGGACUGAGCGGCUUCGGGAGCCUGGAGGAGCUCAUCUUGGACAACAACCUGCUCGGGGACGACCUCGUGUUGCCAGGGUUACCGCGGCUGCACACCUUAACCCUCAACAAGAACCGAAUUACUGAUUUGGAGCGUCUGCUUAAUCAUCUGGCCGAAGUGACACCAGCUCUACAGUACCUCAGCCUGCUGGGAAACGUGGCAUGUCCCAAUGAGCUGGUCAGCUUGGAAAAGGAUGAAGAAGACUACAAGAGAUACAGGUGCUUUGUUCUGUACAAGCUGCCUGGCUUGAAGUUUCUGGAUGCCAAGAAAGUAACCAGACAAGAACGAGAGGAGGCGCUGGUGAGAGGGGCCUUCAUGAAGGUGGUGAAACCCAAGGCUUCCACUGAGGACAUCACUCCCUCUCCUGAGCACCACUACACACCUCUGCCUUCUGCCUCCAGGGAGCUCACCAGCCACCGAGGUGUCCUGGGCAAGUGUCGCUAUGUUUACUACGGGAAAAACUCGGAGGGCAACAGGUUUAUCCGAGACGACCAGCUCUGAAGCCACGCUCUGUACGCCUUCGCCUGCUUCAUGCCAAGAAAAGGGAAAGCCACAAUGAAGCCCACGCUGAAGAAGCCAACGCCAGCCCCCACGCCACCGCUGCGGGAAGGCGGUGACUUCCGCUCCUGGUACCUUGUGCUGACUUUGCCAGGCCUGUCAAGAGCAUCCUCCUGCCCGAGACUGAGUGGUCACAGAGAGAUUGACAUGAUUGCCCUUAAGCAGGUCUCAUCCACCGGGGUGACAGACAGCAGCCGCGACGCACCAGGGCUGACAGCGUGAACACCAUGAUAGAUUGCCUGGUCCCUCCACUGCUCACAGGGGAGCAGAGGUCACACCUGGGGCCUCCCUGGGCUAGUGCCGCGGCUGCAGUCGCCCGAGAGAGUGUCUGAGUCGAGAUUCUGCCAACGUCACUGGGGGUUUGUUGUUAGUGAAGCAGUCAGUUUAGGGGAAGGCGGCCUCCUCCCUUGUGCCUUUUCUAUCCUAACCUCUGGGGUCCUCUGCACCGUACCCCCCCUCCCUCACCGGCAGUACAUCUGUGUUUGCAGUUUUUCCCCCCUGCAGAAGUGGAACUUCUCAGCCAGGGCAUCCAUCUCUACUUCUUUUCCUGCUGUUGCAGGCCCUGCACCGGGGUCAGGAGCUUUCCCUGCAUCCCUAACUGUAGGCUCCAUCUUGUUUCCCUCAUGUCUAAGCCCACUUCCUGCCCCGAAUACAGUGCAGCAUCAGGCAUCUUUCUCAACACGACAGUUUCAUUGCACCCGGAAUUUUUACGUACUUUGACCACACCCACUUUCCAGCUAUGCCUGUGCUAGGGGCUGGCUUGGGGGAGGUGGCGCUACGUAAACACAGGCAGGUGAUGAAAAGAUGACAGCACCGGAUCAGGAGGUGAACAGACAAAACCUAUACUGUCGCAGCCACUUGCAUAGGAGGUGUGAGUCUUUCAAAUGUUUCUAUCUUCCUCAGGACCUCUCAGAUUAAAAUCUGUAACUUGUGAGCCGGUGCGAUGUCUUUAGUGCCAGAAUGCACAGCGCCACCAGGCAAAGCAGCACACCCCUGCUGGUUGGAGGACCACUGUUGCCCUUACUAGCACCCGGUGCCAUCAGUCUGCCAUCAGCAGACACGGAGAGGCCGGCUGCUCCUGACACAGCGGCACUUCGGUCUGCUGCUUCUGUUUAGAGAGGUGAGCACCGUCUUGGGUGUCCUAACGUGCGCUCAGCUUGCCGACAGCAAAGCCACACAGAAAACCCCUCCACCUUAUUCACAGCCGAUGACUCAGGCCUCCCUAAGCUGCCCAGGAAGAACCUACUUUCACAGCCCUCAGCCGUUUCUGGAGUCUGUGGCCUCCUGAAGGGACACAGCCCUUGAUGACAUGAAUUGAGGUUGGCAGCAGCCCCGAAUAUAGAUGGCACCACCUUCCUGAAUCAGUGGUUAAGACAAGUGAACAUUAGCAUCUUCACGACCAUUAAUAAGUAGAGAAUGCUCAGUGUUCACCAUCAUCUCGCAGGUCCGUUCAUCCCCAGAGCCGAGGACCUCUCUCAGUUUGAUCUGCACAGCCAUGCUGGGGCAGUGCUUCCCACGGGCUGCCCUCAGUCCCACCCAGGCCCUUAGAUUAGAGACAUCAACACAGGCUUUGUCUAGGGCAUGUUCUGGGCCGCCAGAGCUCUGCGCAAGGGCAGCUAGACUAGUCCGAUGUCACCUCCAAUCUCGCGGCACAUAUAUCCUUGUCUUUAUAAAAGGCUUUAACCCUGCCUCCAACAAUAAAAAAGCACUUGUGAACUGA